ACAUUUCAGGAACCAUGCUUGGUGGACGUGGCGGCGGCGGUGGCCGGGCGGCGCGGGGCGUGAGCGCCGGCGACUGGAUUUGCCCGACCGAGGGCUGCGGCAACAUCAACUUCGCUCGCCGCCUCGAGUGCAAUCGGUGCUUCAAGCCCCGCGCCGACGCGCCGAAGGGCAAGCCCGAGAAGACGGGGCUCUUUGGCCCGGGCGACUGGGCGUGCGGCAAGUGCGGCAACAUGAACUGGGAGCGGCGUAACGAGUGCAACAUCUGCAAGAACCCAAAGGCGACGCUAGGCCCGGAAGAGAAGCGCGACGGCGCGGGCGGCGGCUUCAACGAGCGCCAAGAGCGCAUGGCGUCCUCCAAGCGCGAGGUCGACGAAGAUGGCUACGAUGACUUUGGCAUGCGUCGCCCAUCCGUCAAGUCAAGCAAGGCCGAGCGCGAAGCCGCGGCUCUCGCACGUCUCAAGCAAUCGUACAGUGGCAUCUACGACAACGACCACGGGCCGGCCGACGACCACAUCCGCCCCAAGGAAACGACGACCGCCGCAAGUGAGCAGUCGCCCGCCAAGCUGCGACGCAGCCGCGAGCGAGAUGCGCGCCGGGACCGUGACGAGCCUCGAUCCACCAAGCAGCGGAGCCGUAGCCGCGAUCGCCCGAGCGACCGACGCAGCCGCAGUCGUGACCGUCAACGCAGCCGGAGCCGCGACCGUCAGCGUAGUCGGUCCCGCGGCCGCAACGAUCGAUCGUCUCGGCGAUAAAUGUACAGCAUGCUCGUGUUCGCGCCGUAG